CUCGACAGAAGCGCCUCUUUGCCCCGAAGGCGGGGGCCCGCGUUUCUUGCCGCCUUCCCCCCAUGCCUCCCCCAAGCCCUUCUUGUAUUCGAGGCGAAUAUCGCGUGGGAUCGAACUUCUUCUUCUUCUUCUUCUAGCUCAUGGAUGGCGCUUAAAGUUGUUCUCGAUUCCUCGGAUUCCCGUCGGCCAGUGUCUUCUUCCUCGCGGCCAAUUCAUACCAUCCCAUCGCAUCGCAUCGCAUCGCGGAUUCGAGGUGCUUCUCGCCACAUCGCUUCGUGAAUUUCGUUGAAUCGUUCGCCCGCUGAUUCAUGCAGGAUCGGCCGAGUGCAGCGGAGAACGCGCGCGCGCUUUCUUUCGGAGUAUGAUUUCCAGGCGGACAACACGCUACUGUGCCGACCGAGUCGGGGCCUAGUCCCACGUUUCCGGUUCGGAUUCUUGCUCUUUGUUGAUUUUGUAUUUCUGUAUCGAUGUCACGUGUUUGUUCUUCUGUCUCGCUAUUUUUGCACCUGAAUGUUGGUCGAAAUGCCCUCGAAAUGUCGUCGAUAUAUCCAACUCAGUUUUGCAGUUCAUGCGGUUCGUCUAGGCCGCGUGUACCGAAUGGGGUUGCGAGAUCGCCCGCAAAGAGGUUUGGGAAACCGUGUCGUGAACUCGUUCCAGAUUCUCGAAUCUACAAUUUGCUUGGUGUAUGUAAAUCCGAAGGCCAACUGUCAUUUAAUAAUUCCUCGAUUCCUCGAUUCCUCGCAGACUAUUCGAGGCAAUGCACAUCGAGCAUUGCCUCGACAUGUUCCUUCUCAACACACAAUUCUAUAUUCUUCGAUUCCACCGAAAUUCUACUCCUAGAAGAUUGGACUCUUCGCCACUUCGCCCAAAAUCAAACUAUCUUCCUCUCCAUUUAACUCUUGUUAGAACGAACAGGGUGCGUGGGUAUUGAAAGAAAUGGCGGAUUACAGCGAGUAUCGAAAAAUAAUUUGUCACUUCGAUCGACGUCCAUCGAAUUUUCGUGUGGCCAAUGGAAAGAAACAACGAGACAAGGCUUCAGAAAACCUCAAGGUACUAGCCAGCUUCGAAGCAGGGAUGACCGAUGCGUUCAAUUCCAGCUCCAGGUUCGGCUUCCAGCACCUUGUAGCGAUUUCAGCCAUGGGAGUCAGUUGAAUCUGUAGUCGUUGUGAUCAUGUAAAUCACAGCAAUUUUCAUUGGUCAUCAGUUACAAAGCCCAUGGGGUAGUAUUUUAAAAGACACUGGCAGUAUAGUCUGACCGUGGCUUAUUUUCAGUGACUGCUCAUUAAUAUGUAACUGAAAAGGUACAACAUUUGUAACCAAUUGUGUGCAAA